GAACGGGCGCAUGAGUCGCCCUGAAUCGCGGCCGUACUCCAAGGGAGGAGGCUUCGAGCGAGCCUCUAAGUCGAGAAGAGGCCAACGAGGCUACUAUUCCGAAGUCGUGAGCAAAUCGGCAGCUAGGAGUGCGGGGAACGUGAAUGUGGGGCCUCGAGUCUUGCAGAGCACGGUCUGGAGAUCUCACAGAGACAAGCAUCUUCCCAGCGUGACCAAAUUCAAUCCUCCGGAUAAUUUUCUGUCACUACUGAGCUCUCAAGUGUAUGGACCCACCACUCAAAUUAUUGCCAGUGAUGAGUUUGCUAAGCAUGCGUGGGACCCAAAGAUACAAGUACCCUACAAGGUGGACAGCGGCUGCACUCCUCGUAAACUGGAGAUUGAGCGACGGAAGAGACAGUUCACAACACAGGCCAGGAACCUCCACAAACUUCUUCAGGAAAGCGGUGUGGGAGACAGCAGUGAGCUGAUGCCAGUGACAGAGAAGACGUCGCGAGCUCUGCUGGGUCAGAGAGGGGAUGACGGGAGACCUGUGCCCACGUUCCCCUCGUUCCUGCCUCUGGAGGUGUUUGACGACGCAGAGCUUGACUCCAGAACUCCUCAAGAGUGGCAAGAACUGGGUGUUGAAGGUGAUGAGGGAGUAAAGAAGCCGGUGCCUGGGAAAGCUCUGCUGCCUGUUCUAGACCAGCCAACUCUCACCCCCUCCCCCAGUCCCCCCUCCACCCUCCCUCCCUCUCACACCCUCAGCAGGAACACACGUCGGUACAAGGCAGGUAUAGGGUCAAAGAGCAAUCCGUUGCCAUCUAUUCAGAGUAGACCUUCUUCUGCUCCCAUCAAACCAAGAUAUGAAUGGACAGAUGUAGGAAUGCUGGACUAUGACCCUGCCACAAAGCUAUACCACGUGAAGAGGGUCUGUGUACCCGACCAUAUACUAGAGAGGAACGCUGCAGUUGGGCGAGAAGAAGGUGGAAAGAGCCGUGACAACGAGGACGAUGAUGAAGGGGCAGGGGGGGUUAGCGAUGGGGAACAAAAGGCAGAGGCACCAGAAGAGACAGCCAAAGCUGAUGGCGCAGAGAGAAAAGAGGCUGGUGGAAGUGGUGGAAGGGACACAGAAGAUGAUGAUAUUCAUUACUGGAUCCCUCGAGUGAGGCUACUGUUUGCCGCAGAAGACCCUGUCCUCUUUGCCAAGAGAGUAGCUUCAGCACACAAGGCCAGGCAAACUACAGAGGCACUUCUUCGCUAUCAUCUCUACGUGGACUGUAUGCCAGUGGAGGGAAUGGAGGGUAUGAGUGAAGAAGAGCUGACCAGAGUCACCAACAGAGCUUCUCACAAUGCCAAGAAUGACAGACUAGUACACUAUGCCAAGAAGCUCCAGAGAGAGAUCCAAUUAGAGCACACCAGGACGAUGAACCGCAUCCUCUUUGACAGGACGGUCUCUGCCCAGCCACAGACCUUUCCAUUCGUAACUCUUCCAGACCCUGUGGUUGUUCCUGUCCCUGACAGAGCCACCCAUUCCGACGUACCAGCUGUGAAAUUCCGCGAGACUCGCUCCCGGCUCCAGUUCCUGUCGCUGACGUCGUCCGUGGAGGCUCUCUCCGUGCUGGAGGUGGUGAGGGUGGAGUGCGGGAAGGUGGCGGGGAAGAAACUCUUCCACACGGGAGCCAGCAAGCCUCUCAGACUGGAGGAAUACGACCAGACUCAGCUGCAGGCCACGUCCCACGUCCAGACCUACCUGAAGGAGACUUGGGUGCAGAAACUGCGAGAGUCAAUCCACACUGCACUGGCCCACGUCUCGAAAGGCUGGUUUAACCUGGAGGAAACCAGCUUCGAGGUUUACAAUGGCUCCAAGCUGAAGAAACUGAUGGAGCUGGUCAAAUUUGCUAUGCAGGAUGCCCUCCGGUCUCUAGUACUGAGCUCACUAGAUGCCUACGUGGUGAUGCUAGAGUCUGCAGCUCACCCCACACUUCAGCUACCACCAGAUUUCACUUGGACCUGCCCCCUUACCGAAUCACCCUUCAGACCACUGAAUGGUACACUGUUCUUCCUGGACCUGGUGCUGGAUGCAGAAGGCUCUCACUACUCCCAGUCUCUCCCUUCAUUCCAGCCAACCCUUGUCAAAAUAUUCGACCGAGGAAUCAACUCAACUCAUUCCGUGCCUAUGGUUGAGAAGUAUGUGGUGGACAAGAUAUUCUGGCCGGAAACGCCACUACUGGAAUCAGUAGGACAGCACGAGCCUCAGAUAGACAGGCUUAGAUGUAGAGUGGAGACAGCAACCAGACAAUCACUCAUCCCCCUGCUGGCGUAUGCCAGGCAGUAUGACCAGUACCUGGAGCUCAUGAAUCUGGACAUUAAGACUUAUAUCAGUGGGUUUGCAGCGGCCUCCUCCCCGACAGAAGAAGACCCCCAGUCCCUGGACAAGCCAGCUGAGAGAGUCAGCACUCUAGUCAGGGUUGAGAUAGAGAAACACCUCAAGGGAAAAGAGACGGUGGAAAAGUCAUUGCCACAGUCGGUGGACAUUGGUCCAUUUCACAUCAAUACGGACAGUGUGAGACUGGCUCUGGCCAAGAAGCAUAAGGAGAUAGUCAAAGCUCUUCUGGAGUUUCUGGUGCUUCAGUUGAGGAAGGAAUCGGAACAGAUAUCAGAGCAGUUCAGAGAGCUGAGCCAGAAACUGUAUGAAAGGCCAAACUGUAUUGAGGAUCUCACGGAACAGAGAGAGUUUGUAAAAACUGUUCCUGACCUCAUCCAGGCCAACCAAUCUCGUAUCGACCAGGUAAUGGCAGACUAUGAUCUUCUGGAUGACUACUUCUUUACACUCUCAGAUGAGGACUUUGAAAAUCGUUGGAACACUCUGGCAUGGCCUGGCAAGAUCACAGACCAUAUUGACAGCACAGAGACGCAAAUGGAGCAGGACAACCAAAAGUUCCUCAAAAAGCUCUCGGACGAUCAGCAACAACUCGAAGACCGUCUUGACACCUUACAGCUUGUCGUGGCUGGGUUCUCUGGUCGAACGGACAUUGGUAAGGCAGCAGAGACAGCGAAUGAAGUACGCCGAGUGACAAAGGAGCUGAAGGACUGUCAGCAGCAGGCCUCGUUGUACAACCAGCGAGAGAGGCUCUUUGAACUACCAGUCACCCAGUACGAUAAGGUGGGAAAAUUGAUGAGAGACUUUGAGCCCUACAAGAACCUGUGGAUAAUGACGGCCAACUGGCUCCAGUGGCACGACACCUGGAUGAACGACUCUCUGGUCAAUAUUGACCCAGAACUACUGGGAACCAACGUCAGCAGUGCCUUCAAGACAAUGCACAAGAGCGUUAAACACUUUCAGAGCAUCCCAGGGUGUCUAGCAGUGGCACAGGAGAUCAAGGGUCAGAUCGAGGAGUUUCGGCCGUCUAUUCCGCUCAUCCAGGGCCUCAGGAAUCCUGGAAUGAGGAACAGGCAUUGGCAGAAGCUGAGUGAAGAGCUGGGUAUGAACAUUCAGCCAAAAGCCACGCUCACUUUCAGCAAGUGUCUGGAAAUGAAGCUUGACUCUCACGUCGAUGCCAUUGCAAAGGUGGCUGAGGUGGCAAGCAAAGAGUUCUCCAUUGAACAGGCAAUGGACAAGAUGGAAGGCGAGUGGGACUCCAUAUUGCUGGAGAUAGUGGCCUACAAAGAGACUGGAACAUUCAUCAUGAAGAGCGGAGACGAGACAGCUCAGAUGCUGGAUGACCACAUCGUCAUGGCCCAGGCCAUGUCUUUCUCGCCUUACAAGAAGCCGUUUGAGCAGAGAAUCAGCUCAUGGGAGACUAAACUGAGGCUUAUUCAGGAUGUGAUGGAGGAGUGGGCGGUGUGUCAGAGGUCCUGGCUGUACCUGGAGCCGAUUUUCUCCUCCGAUGACAUAAUGCAGCAGCUCCCAGUGGAGGGCAAGAGGUACCAGACUAUGGACCGCAUCUGGAAGAAGACUAUGAACAAUGCCCACCAAGACCCCAAGGUGAUCUCGUUCUGUGCCGACAAUCGUCUGCUGGAGAACCUCAGAGAGUGCAACAAACUGCUGGACCAGGUCCAGAAGGGACUCAGCGAGUAUCUGGAGACGAAACGAACCUCCUUCCCAGAGGUUCUACUUCCUCUCGGACGAUGA